AUGGAAGAAGCUAAGAAAGUCAGGGCAAAGUUAAGACCAAGAAAGAGCUACUACCGUGCGGGCUCCUUCCCCAACACUCCUAAACGACAUGAAAGUUAUAGAGGCCACUACACUGGUCUUCAUUAUGUGUGUCCAUUAACGGGAAGAGGGCACCUAACUGAUCUGGGCUCUGGUAAUUCUGCUAAAAAACUGUGCUUUAGUUUCAAACGAGAUGGUAGAGGUAGAGCUAGGGCCUCUUUGGUAUCUGGAGAAGGUGAUGUGCUAUCUUAUCCCAAUGGCAAUACCGUUUCGGGACAGGAUAAGUUUGUGAACCAAUCAGCAGGGAUUGAGUUACAACCUGAUGCUAUUAGUUUUGGAACAUUAUCAGCGGAGAUAACUCCUACUGGUGGUGUAUUCCCUGAUAAAGAUGAAUAUGACCUUGAUCAUCCUACGGAAGGAUUUGCUUCAAUCCCAGAGGCCAUAGAGGAUAUUCGUCAAGGAAAGUUAGUAAUUGUUGUUGAUGAUGAAGACAGAGAAAACGAGGGGGACCUUAUAAUGGCAGCAUCAAAGGCAACACCAGAAGCUAUGGCAUUUAUUGUCAAGCAUGGGACUGGGAUAGUGUGUGUGAGCAUGAAAGCAGAAGAUUUAGAAAGGCUGGAACUUCCUUUGAUGGUGACUGACAAGGAGAAUGAGGAAAAACUGUCCACUGCAUUCACUGUAUCAGUGGAUGCAAAACGUGGCACUACAACAGGUGUCUCGGCUCAUGAUAGGGCAGCAACUGUACUGGCUCUUGCCUCUGAAGAUUCAAAACCUGAAGAUUUCAAUCGACCAGGCCAUAUUUUCCCACUGAAAUACAGGGAGGGUGGCGUUCUAAAAAGAGCUGGACACACAGAAGCCUCAGUUGAUCUUGCAAUGCUGGCUGGGUUGGAGCCUGUUGCUGUUUUAUGUGAGGUAGUGGAUGAUGAUGGUUCUAUGGCCAGAUUGCCAAGGCUUCGUCAAUUCGCACAUGCAGAAAAUUUAAAAAUCAUCUCAAUUGCUGAUUUAAUCAGAUAUAGGAGAAAAAGAGAUAGAUUGGUGGAGCUGGCUGCUGCGACUCCAAUACCCACAAUGUGGGGGCCAUUCAAAGCCCACUGUUAUAGGUCGUUGCUGGAUGGGAUCGAGCAUAUUGCAAUGGUUAAAGGUGAAAUUGGGGAUGGUAAAGAUAUUCUUGUGCGGGUACAUUCUGAGUGCCUCACGGGCGACAUUUUUGGAUCAGCUAGAUGCGAUUGUGGGAACCAGCUAGCGCUUGCAAUGAAGCAAAUUGAGGCAGCUGGCAGGGGUGUUCUGGUGUAUCUCCGUGGACAUGAAGGUAGAGGAAUUGGCUUGGGUCACAAGCUCCGUGCUUACAACCUACAAGAUGAUGGACGAGACACGGUUGAAGCCAACGAGGAGCUGGGUUUACCUGUUGAUUCUCGUGAAUAUGGCAUUGGUGCACAGAUAUUAAGAGAUCUGGGUGUUAGUACAAUGAAACUGAUGACAAAUAAUCCAGCAAAAUAUGUAGGGCUCAAAGGCUAUGGUUUGGCAGUUGCAGGCAGGGUCCCCCUGUUGACGCCAAUAACUAUGGAGAACAAGAGAUAUUUGGAAACUAAGCGGAAAAAAAUGGGGCACGUAUAUGGUUUGGAUAUUAAUGGUCAUUUAAAUGGUCUUAUCAGUGAGAGUAAUUCAACCACUGACAGUCUGCCUGAUGGUGUGUGA